AUGUUAAGGAAAAUUUUAUAUGGUUCUGGUGGUUUGGGUGUUUUAUCUGUAGGAGGGUUUUAUUUUUUGAAGAUAAAUUUCUUGAAAAACAUGAUUGAGAAAGAUGUAGUUUAUAAAUAUAAUUCAAUUGAUAAUAGAAAUGAAAUGAUAAAAAAGUUAAAAAGUAAUCAUUAUGAUAUAUUAAUAAUUGGAGGUGGUGCAACUGGUGGUGGAAUAGCUCUAGACUGUGCAACAAGAGGAAUCAAAUGUGCACUCAUUGAUAAAAAUGAUUUUUCAAGUGGAACAUCAUCAAAGUCAACAAAAUUAUUACAUGGAGGUAUAAGAUAUCUAGAAAAUGCUGUUAAAAAUUUAGACAUCUCAGAAUUAUAUUUUGUAUGGGAAGCUUUAGCUGAAAGAGCACACGCCAUGAAAAUUGCUCCUUUUAUGUCUAGACCUGUAUCAAUUUUAAUGCCUAUAUAUAAGUUAUGGCAAGUUCCUUAUUUUGCUUAUAAUAUUAAAAUUUAUGACUUUUUGGCAGAUUUAGUAUGUUGUUUUGAUAAAGGUGUUCCCAAUUCAAUUUAUAUUAGAAAAUCUAAUACUAUUGAAAAUUUUCCAUUAUUAAAAAAAGAAAAAUUAAAAGGAUCACUUAUUUAUUAUGAUGGACAACAUAAUGACAGUAGAAUGAAUUUAAAUUUAAUUUUAACAAGUGCAAUUGAUAAUUACGUUCCAGGGCAAGUGGGAGCUACUAUAUGUAACCAUAUGGAAGUAAUAAAUUUUAUUAAAGAUGAAAAUCAUAAAAUUAUAGGUGUGAAAGCUUUUGAUAAAAUUAAUAAUAAAGAAAUUGAGAUAUAUGCAAAAAUUAUUAUUAAUGCAACAGGACCUCAUGGUGAUAUUAUUCGCAAAUUAGCAGAUGAAAAUAGAAAACCAAUGAUACAAUUAUCUGCUGGUUGUCACUUUGUUUUACCCAAAUGGUACUCAUCUAAGAAUAAUGGUAUAAUAAUUCCUAAAACUAGUGAUGAAAGAGUUCUUUUUCUUUUACCUUGGGAAAAUUGCACCUUAGUAGGAACUACUGAUGAGCAUAGAAGUAUAGAAGAUCAUCCAAAAAUUCAAAAAAAAGAUAUCGAUUUUUUAACAAACGAAUUAUCUAAAUAUAUAGAUGUAAGUGCAAAUGAAAUUAGAAAUGAUAUUAAAGCGGCAUGGUGUGGAUUCAGACCAUUAGUUAAAGAAGCUAAAAAUAAAAAUAAAAAAGAUGAAGAUAUUACUACUCAUGAAAUAUCAAGAAGUCAUGAAAUCAUUGAAGAUGAAAAUGGAUUAAUUAGUAUAUUAGGAGGAAAAUGGACUAUUUAUAGAAAAAUGGCACAAGAUACUAUUGAUUAUAUAUUGUCUAAUCAUAAAGAUAAAAUAAAAAGUAAAUAUAAUUGUAGAACAAAAUUUUUAAUGCUAAUAGGUAGUCAUGAUGAAAAAGGAAUUUUUAAAUUAGAAGAUCUAACUUUUGGAUGUAGUAAAUUAAGCAAACAACUUACCCAAAAAUAUCCUGAAUUAGAUUAUGAUACAGCAAAUCAUCUAGUAUCUAACUAUGGAUAUUUAUCAAAAAAAGUUUGCGAAUUAGCUAAAGAAUUAAAUUUGUUUAAUAAAAUAGAUUCCACAAAACCAUAUAUCGAAGCAGAAAUUAUUUAUGCAAGUAGAUAUGAAUUCGCUACCAAAAUUUCUGACAUUAUUGGUAGAAGAUUUAGAUUAGGUUUCAUUGAUUCAGAGUCAUCAAACAAAGUUAUUAAUAGGAUAGCACAUUUAUUAAAAGAUGAAUUUCAUUGGAAUAAUGAUCAAAUGAAUUCACAUAUUAAUGAAGCCAAAGAAUUUAUUAAUUCAUUAUCUAUUGAAUAA